AUGACGCUAUCAUAUCUACACAGCACUGUUUGGAUCACCCGUGGCCUGUCAAUAGCCACUGGGGUUUAUCGACGUUGUACUACUUGCACCAAAUUUAACGCCAGGAGCCCAGUUCAAUUGAUGGGUUCUUUGCCGGCUGUAAGGACUACUCCUACCCGUCCGUUUGCUACCACAGGAUUGGACUAUGCGGGGCCGAUCCCGGUGCUAUUUUCGAAGGGAAGAUGCGCCAAAUCAACGAAGGGCUACAUCGCAAUUUUCAUAUGCAUGGUCACAAGAGCGGUACAUAUAGAGAUAGUGUCAAGUCUAACUACAUACGCCUUUCUUGCAGCCUUCGCUAGAUUCAGUGCCCGCAGAGGUGUCCCUUCGUCCAUCUACUCGGACAAUGCUACGACAUUUAAGGGUGCUGCCAAGGAGUUGCAAGCUAUGUUUGCUCAGUCCACAUCGUUCGUUGACACAGUAGCCAGUGCUCUGUUCUUUCAACGAGUUAAUUGGGCUUUCAUCCCUCCACGAGCCCCGCACUUUGGAGGACUCUGGGAAGCUGCAGUUCGUAGCUUUAAGCAUCAUUUUCUACGAGUCGUUAGCGAUGCUAUAUUAAUGUUCGAGGAGCUUGCAACACUCGCAUCGAAGAUUGAAGCCUGCUGGAACUCCAGACCGCUAUGCCCGCUAAGCAGUAAUGCCACUGAUGCUACUGCCCUCACACCUGCUCAUUUUCUAGUGGGAUCUUUAUUGCUAGCCUUUCCAGAGCCUCACGACGAUGCCAAGAAGCCUAAAAGACUUAACGACCGCUAG